UAAUUAGUGAGCUGUCAAAUGGCUGAAAAAUAUCCGCCAUCACCUUCAAGAUCCCAUAGCUUUCGUCGCGAUUCCAUCCGAUCACGAUUGGCAUCGGUGACCAGUUAUGACAGUACUGCUCAAUCAAUACCGGCUCAGACAGCCGUUGAAAGACUAGGCAGUAGUGAUUUGACAGCCGAUAUCCCUGACAAGGGUUAUGAAAUGACUAUGUUUUCCAUGAGUCCCACCCCAUCCCGUCCACAGUCACCACAAUGGGAUCCAAUGGAACACCAGUACGAACGGGUAGAACUGGGCGAAAGUGGACAUUCAAUGAACAUCGAACAGGAUCUCAAAGUUCUGGACGAACUCGGCUUUAUUAUUGACUAUCCGAAUGGUAUACUUGGAGCAGGAUUUUUUGGAUCAGUCUAUCGCGGAUAUUAUGGCAAUCAGUCAAAUGUCGAAAGAGACAAAAGAAACCGCCGGAAGUUGAAAGACACGAAAAAUUUGAAUCAAUUUGCCGUUAAGUUUGUUGACUUCCUUCAGGCGCCGUCUAUAACCUCCGUUUUCAUUGAUGAGGACUAUAUCCGUGAGAAGCGCGAGGCCUACGAAAUGGAAAAGUUUAUCAUGACUUAUGCCAAUCAUCCCAAUAUAUGCUCCAUCCGUAUGACCAUCAAUAUGGGUGAGUGUAGGUCUCAAUAUUAUUUACACGACCCUAACGCUCAUUAUUUACAAUACGAUAGGAUAUACCUAAUCAUGGAUUACGCGGACGGAAGUUCACUAAUGAAUUAUAUGAAUCAAAACGCCGGUAAACUAAAGCCAUACCAUCGGAUUAAACUGACCCGCGAUUCAUUUAAAGGUCUGAAGUAUCUUCACGACAACGGCAUAUUUCACGGCGACAUUCAUUUGGGAAAUGUAUUGAUAUUUCACGAGAACAACGAUCUGGUGGCCAAAUGGAUUGACUUUGGUCUGAGUCACGUAAGUAAUGCCGGUCGUUACGUGUGGAACAAGUUCUCCGAUCGUGAUAUCGAAAGAGGACUUCGCAAAGAUGUUUCAGAGUUGCACUCAAUAUUGUGGAACUGCUGGAGAGGCAGAAAAAUGGAGACCGAAUUGCCCGACGAAACAAAAUUGUGUAAUGAAGUGAUGGAAAUGAUUAAGUUUGUCAAACGGGUCCACACAUUGGAUGAAGUUUACCAAAAAUAUCGUCAUAUCAUUGAUGAUUCACCUCUGGUAAGGGAACAGUUAAUUUGAGUCUACAUUACCGGUAAAUAAAGCAUUUUAUA